UUUUUUCAUUAGGGGAGUGCUCCUAACACAUUGUUUUUUAUUAGAACAGAUAUCUGUUUGGAUUAUUUAUUAUUAUUGCAUUUUGGGCUAAAGUAGCCAUAAAUACCCUGAACACAGGACCAUAGAAUUAUGGUUUAGACCCAGGGAGUGGUUUGGUCUUUUAAGCUCAUGGACCCCUCACUAAUAACUACUAGAUUCAUGAUAAACCUGGAUUGGUUAAACAAAUUAUAUUUUAUGAGCCCAUAUAACUUACAUUUGAGGAGAACCCUGCACUUAAAGCGUAAAUCAAUUUUCUGAAAACUUCUAAUAUGUCAUAGAGACAUUACAUAUAAGCAGGUUUGAUGGGUGGUGGACUACGGACUGGAGAUGCCAACCAGAACCUAAGCUAAUAUGUGUUCUUACAAAUGCUUAAGAAACUUAUUAGUGGUAAAUAGUGGGGAUCUCUCAGUCCAAAUCCCACCAAUGAAAACUGAUCACAUGUCUCCAUGACAUAUGAGAUGAUGAAGUCUACAAAUAUACAAGCAAGGAACUGAUCAGAACCAAAGAGAUAGGAUCCUUUCAAUCAAGAUUUUACUGUGAGAGACAGUGUGUGUGUGGGGGUGGGGUGGGGGGGGGGGUGGGGGUUGAGACUUGCACUACAACAGGUGUAUGGCAAGUUUUUUUCUUCUUCUAUGAACUCUGUGAUAUCUUUCAGUGGAAAGAACUGCUUGGCCAACAGCUACCUCAAACCUAAGAACAAGUACAGCCACAGACAGUGUAGAGGAGCACUUUUAGGAACCUGGUACCUGAGGGUUUCCAAAGGCCCCUCUGUCAAUAAAACUCCAGAUUUCCAUUUGGCUGAGAGCUUAUAUUUAUGCCUUAUGACAAACUUUAGUCCUUGCAGCCAGGGGCUCAAUAGGACAAAUGAUAUAGACAUAUACAGGUCACAUUUAUGGAGGGUCAUCUCAUGUAUGGACACAGGUGGUUUUAGUACUGGGUGACCAGAUUUAGCAUAGUUUAUGUAAAGUCGGUGAAAUAUCUUGGUCUGCUCUUGGUUAAUUAUAUCUAUCAUUGAUUUUUCCCCCAAAACAGUAACAUACAAUAUGAACAAGACGCAAGUGACCAUCUUUGAGUUUUCUGGAUUAACACAUGAUCCAAAAAUAUCCAUCUUUCUCUUUGUAAUUUUCCUUCUAGUUUACAUUAUAACUGUGGUGGGUAAUGUUGGGUUGUUCAUCAUUGUCAAUAGGACGUCCACUCUCCACACACCCAUGUAUUACUUCCUCAGUUACCUCUCAGCUGUGGACCUAUGCUACUCCUCGUCGGUUACGCCCAAGAUGAUUGCUGACCUUGGCUCUGUAAGGAAGGUCAUCUCCUUCAGUGGUUGUGCCCUCCAGUUCUUCUUCUUUGCUACAUUUGCAGCUACUGAUGUUCUUCUUCUCUCGAAUAUGUCCUAUGACCGGUAUGUUGCUAUCUGCCACCCUCUACAUUAUGUGUCCAUAAUGACCAAGAAUAAAUGUUUAUUUUUGGGUCUUUUUGCCUUUGCUUUUGGCAUCUUGCCAUCUUCAGUGCAGACUUGUUGUAUUUUCAAUCUUGAAUACUGCGGAUCAAACCUUGUUGACCAUUUCUACUGUGACAUCCCUUCGAUGCUGAAGUUGUCAUGCUCGAAGACCUUCACCUGUGAAAUGAUUACUCUAUUUUUUGUAGGAUCUUACAGCAUUGGUUCACUGGCCGCCAUAUUGGUCUCAUACAUCUAUAUCCUGGUGGCCAUUCUACAGAUAAAAUCCAGAAAGGGCAGGGAGAAAGCAUUCAGCACCUGCUCCUCACACAUCAUCUGCGCCUCCAUCUUCUAUGUGUCCGUAUUCCUCACUUACUUACGCCCUCCAUCAGAGCAAUUUGAGAAACAAGACAAGGUGGCUUCCGUCUUUUACUCAGUGAUAACGCCUAUGUUGAAUCCUCUUAUCUAUAGCCUGAGGAACCAAGAUGUAAAGACUGUCAUUGUAAGUGUCCUUCUCAGGGCACUGAAAAGUCUUAGAGAUGCAAGCAUAAGUCUAUUCAAUAGGAAUUGA